CAUAUAUCUUCUCAUCUUAUUUAUUAAAACGGCGACGGCGCGAGGGAGGAAAAAAAAAAAAAAAAGAAAAUUCUGAUUUUGUUCCUUUUCUUGUUGGCAAAUCUCUCGAUCUCCAUUCUUCUCCUCUUCAGGGGGAUUCUCUCUCUAUCUGCUGCUCUGCGCAUUGUACAAUUUCAAGGAAUUUGUGGCCAACUGCUGCUGAUGCUGAUGCUGAAUUGGGUAGAAUGGAACGCAGAGUCUGAAUAAAAGACGAGCAAGAAAAAGAAGAAUUUUGUCCAUUAGAAUUGGAUGGGUAAUAAGCUGGGAAGGAGCAGACAAGUGGUUGAUGAGAGGUAUACGAGGCCACAGGGCCUCUAUGCUCACAAAGAUGUCGACCAUAAGAAGCUUAGAAAGCUCAUUCUUGAAUCCAAGCUCGCACCAUGUUAUCCUGGGGACGAUGAAUUUCGCAAUGACCAUGAAGAAUGCCCCAUUUGCUUCUUGUAUUACCCAAGUCUCAAUCGAUCACGAUGUUGCAUGAAGGGCAUUUGUACAGAGUGUUUUCUGCAGAUGAAAAAUCCUAAUACAACUCGUCCUACUCAAUGUCCUUUUUGCAAAACUUCAAAUUAUGCUGUGGAGUAUCGAGGUGUGAAAUCAAAAGAGCAAAAGGGCAUAGAGCAAAUUGAAGAACAACGUGUUAUAGAAGCAAAAAUUAGGAUGCGGCAGCAAGAACUUCAAGAUGAAGAAGAGAGAAUGCAUAAAAGACUAGAAUUAAGUUCUUCAAGUACUAGUGUUGUACCAGGGGAGGUUGAAUAUGGCUCUGCAGCUGUUCAAUCAUUUAGGUCUCCUGUGGAAACUGAGGAAAUUGUUCCUUCUCAAUACUCAAUCAGACACUCUCCACAUUAUAGACCAAACAGGGAUGACGAAUUUGAUCUAGAUCUUGAAGACAUUAUGGUUAUGGAGGCUAUUUGGCUUUCUAUUCAGGAGAAUGGCAAACAGAAAGGUCCAGUUUAUACUGCUGCCACUUCAUCUGAAAAUUACACUGUAGAAGGUCAUUAUGGCUCACAAGCAAUGGCUCCAGUGACUGGUUCAUCAUCUUCCCCUUCUGGGGGUCUUGCUAGCGCAAUAGCUGCCCUUGCUGAGCGUCAGCAGAUGGGCGGGGAAACUUUUGUUCAUAAUAAUAGAAACGAAUCUGCAUGUAACAUGCUUCCAGGCAGUAGUAGCUUUUACAACAGGCCGGAUCAGGUUGCAGAGAAUUACCGCUCCACACAGAUCUCCAGCAAUAUAUCACUAGAUUGCAGAACAGCCACAGCAAGAGGUGAUGGAGAAUGGGCUGCAGAUCAAGGAUCAGAAGCCGCUGAAGCUGGAAGUUAUUCAAGCUCUGACACAGCAGAAGAUGCUGAUGGAAUUUCUGUUUCAUUAACUCCGCCGCUGCCACCAGAUGAAAUUGGGGCGCAAUUUCAGAAUAACUCUGGACCCAUAGUUCCUGAGAGUUUUGAGGAGCAGAUGAUGCUGGCCAUGGCUGUUUCUCUUGCUGAGGCCCAAGCUAUGACAAAUGGACCAGGAAGUGCAUGGCAAUAGUUUUCAAAUGGUAGGUUACCAAUUCCAAACAAAUGAUGCCAGUUAUGGCUUUUCAUCUUGCUGAGUAUUGAGCUAGGAUGAGUGCACAAUGUGCUGCAUGCAACUGGUUAAGUGGUCGAGGUAGUGAUGAUUCUCUCCUUUGCACUCUCUAUCUAUCUCUAUAUAUACUUGUUAAAGGAAAAUGAAUUGUCUUAGCGAAUGAAACAUUGUUUUGUUAUGA